CACUCAUUUUCACUGACAACUUUUGAUCCUUCCGGCAAGUUGAAUCAAGUCGAGCGUUCAUCUGAUGCCUCGGCAAAGGGUACCCCUGUUAUAGCAAUUCUACGUCACGAUACAAUUCUAAUGGCAUCGCCACAAGUAUGCCCGUCUGCUUUCAUUGAAGAUGAUGGUACUGCCCGGUUUGUGAGAAUAACCCCGGAUAUCAUCGUGUCCCAUUCAGGGCUCUCCGCGGAUGGGCGCGUCCUUGUCCAAAUCGCCCAGCGUGUGGCAGUUCAACACAAGUACACAUUUGACGAGAAUAUACAAAUUGACAUUUUACUCGAGGAGAUUUCGUUACUUUUCCAAGAAUAUACAAUAAAGGCGGCAGCUCGUCCCUUCGGGUGCACGCUCAUCGUUGCACACCUUCCUUCAAUCGGGGACCAUGACUUGGGUGUUAAGCCAGCAAUAUAUCAAGUAGAUCCUUCCGGCGCA